CAAUGCCUGAAAACGUUCCUCAACAAAAUGAUAGACCUUUGGAAGCGCCUUCUUUAAUAGAAUUAAGCGCAGAAAUUGUGGCUAAUCAUGCUGAACACUAUUUGUAUACUGGUAAACGUGACGUAACUUUUUCUGAACGUGCUGCCGAAGCUUUUUUGACUGCAUCGUCAUCAUCUAAAAUCUCAGAUUCGAGAGAAUCAUCACCUCAUGGACAUAGCCGAGUUGCUGGCCUUCGUGAUCCUGCCGCAGAAAAAGCAUUAAUUCAAUACCAAAUGAUCAGUGAACGUCCUUCAACCCAAUCCAAUAUUCAAGGUUUUCUACCUAUACAUCCAUCAGAAAUGGUUUUGCACAAAAUUUGUGAUCGUUGGAGAAAUACAGAACACAGCCAAAGCCCAGAAGAAAUUGAUAAUGCUUUAAAGCCUUUUUAUUCUGGAGAUAUGUGCCCAGUUUCUAUUGUGGAUCUUUCUGGUGUUCAAAUAACUGACAGAAUUUUGGCUGCUCUUUUGAUUAAUCAACGAUAUUCUUUGACUUCGCUAAGUCUGCUUAGUACAAAGGGCAUUACAGCAGCCGGUAUUUGCUCACUCCUUUACAAAACAAAAAUUAAAUUGCAACAUUUACACUCACUAAAAUUAAAUUCUUUGGAUAUUUUACGUGUUCCACGUUAUCGUCAACGUUACCAACCUUCAGUGGGAUGUGUUGCUCUUGAAAAAUUAGUUUCAAAUUUGAAUAAAUCUAAUCGGAAAAUGCCUCUUGACUUGAUGGAGGAUAAUAUUCGCCGUCUCUUUUCAAAUGACAAUGUAAUACGUUCUGAGUCGUUAGAUGAAAGCCAGAUGGAUGAAUACAAAUUACGUGCAAUUAUGGAACACAAUGAAGCUCAAAUUGAGUCACCGCCACAAUUUAUGCAUUUUUGUCCGGCUUUAGAGCAUCUUUACCUUCUUCAAUAUUUCGGUGGCUUUUUGGCAUUUUGCCAUUACGGCACGCUCCGGAAAUUACAUUACCUUUUCCUUCAUUACCUUUUUAAAAAAUCUAAAAUAAAUUCACAGGGCCAUACCUACAGCAUCGAGGAUGAAACCAAAUCAGCUUUUCUUGUUCGUAUUUUCUCAGAAUUGCCAAAUUUAAAAACUGUUGAUUUGUCUGAAUGGGUUAUUCAUGACUUUUUACCUCUACAAAAGCUUCAUUUUUUAACAACUUUAGUGCUUUAUGAUGUUCGCGAUUUGGAGACUUCAAUUGAUACAAUUGCUACUUUAACUACUUUAAAAAGUCUAGACAUUUCUCAAAGUGAUCGAACCAAUGGACAUUAUACUCGUCCAGUAACUUCUUUACAUGCAUUAAUUACUUCAUUACCAAAUUUGGUUAGUUUGGAUAUUUCUGGAACGAAUUUGACUUCGGCUUCUUCUGAUAAUGAUCGUCCUUUUAUUGGAAGAGGAAUAAUUAAUAGUGACAUCCCAGCCUUAUGUUUUCUACGUCGUCCUUUAAAAUUUUUGGGAAUAUUUAAUUGUGAUAGUAGUUCACAAUAUACAAAUAUCCCAGCAGAACGUAUUAGUGGUGAACAUGGUGAAGAUCAAGUAUUGACAGCAAUGGAAGUAUAUUUGGAAAGACCUAAAACAAUGCAUACAGUUUUGAAUGAAAGUUAUCAAUUAUAUCGCUUUGGGACUGAUUUGCAUCGUUAUGUGGAUGCUCUUCAUUUGGUUUUGCGUGCAUUAAAAAUGCAUUUGGGAAAUAAAGAUUUACAAAUUGCUGGAAGUGCUUCAAUGUUUUAUAUUAUACGCCAUGUUAAAAUGAAUCGAGAUACUAAACGUCGUGUAAUUUUGGCUUUGUUAGAUGGAAUGGAAAGUCAUUUAGAAGAGCAAGUAAUGGUUAGGAAUUGUUGUUUAAGUCUUUGCCAGUUUGAUAUUCCUCAAGAAAUUCUUUUUAAUUAUGGAAGAGUUGCAAAUUUGUUGGUUAAAGUUUUGGAAACGCAUAAUUCUGAUGUUUUAACUCAACGUAUAGUUGUAUUUUUGCUCAAUUCUAUGGCUUGUCAUGUUGAGGGAGAACAAAAAGUUGAAGUUGGGGAAAUUGGGGCUAUUGAGAUAAUUCUAAAACAAAUUGAACGUAAAUUAAGUGCGAAUACAUGUGAUGAUGUUAUGGAAGUUGGAUGGUCUUUUUUGUGGAAUAUUACUGACGAAACUCCAUCAAAUUGUGAACGUUUUCUUAAAGCCCAUGGUUUGUCACUUUUUAGUAAAUGCUUUUCGCGUUUUGGUUCUCGAUAUUUUGAGCUUGUUCGAAACAUGAUGGGGUUAAUUGGAAAUAUUGCUGAAGUUUUUGAACUACGCAAUCAAUUAAUGACUAAUGCAUAUUUGGAAAUUUUUUGCCAUCUACUCGACAACUUGACAGAAAGUAUUGAAAUUUCUUACAAUAGUGCAGGUGUAUUAGCCCAUUUAGUUAGUGAUGGAGAUGAACGUUGGGCAGAAUCUGGUGUUAAUAUUCCAAGAGAAGAUGUUAAUAAAAAGAUUGUUAAGGCUACUGAAAAAUGGGAUUUACAAGCGCGCCGUUUCAUCAACUAUCGAAGCUUUAAACCAAUUAUAUGUUUACUACCACAAUGGCAUUCUGAAGGAGCACAGCAAUGGGCUGUUUGGGCAUUGGCAAAUUUAACAACCACAGACAGAAAAAAAUAUUGUCGUUUUGUAAUAGAUGAAGGAGGUUUGGAAUUGUUGGAAAAUUUGUCUGUAGAUGCUCGGUCGACUGAAGCAAUAAAAAAUUUGGCAAAUAUUGUGUUGAGAAAUAUUGAUGAAUGGAAGAGGAAUAUUAUAGAAGUGAAUGAGGAGGAUCUUGAAAUGGUAGAUGAUUAA